GCGUCCACUGUCAAUCGGGCACAACGAUCAUGUCGCGGAAGUGUGUUUGAUAUGGCUUUGCUCAACACCACAUCCGCUCUAACCCUAAUGCAGCAUGUGAUGGUACCUACCGUGAUCCGCAAUGACGUCGUGGGGAUAAGGACCGGAGUUCCUUUAGGCAAAAGCAACCCCUCGCCGAUGUUCUUGAAAUUUCAUCGAGCGGAAACCCCGAAGCCCAAAACUGAAAUCCGAAGAUUGCACAAUAUCAACAUUGAUGACUUGGUCAACGGAGCGGAGGAACUGUGCUGGGACAAUCUGAACUCCAUAUAG